AAUUGCGUUUAGUUUUGUUUUUUUUAGUUUUAUUGUGAAUAAUUCAUAGAAAUGUCUGAACAUUUAGAACUCAUAUCAGAGAAUAUAUCACAAUGGUCUGCAGUUUCGAAAAUCACACCGGAAAUACAGAAAAAGGAAAUAAAACCAUUCGUAAUUUUGUCUCUUAAAGAAUUGGAAGGAAUAGAAGACGAGAGAUUAUCGAGUCUAAUGAAUGCAGAAAAGUUUGCAGCGGUCAGAGCUAUCGUCAGGCACUUUGCAAGACUCCGAUCGGCAACCAAAAGCUUAUGGGGACAAGAUGAUGUAAAAACAUUCUUAGAUGGGCUGCGUUUUUCCCCCGAGUGUACGUCUGAGCUGUCAGUGUUGCUAUGCACAGAGAAAUUGUACGAAAAUAUACCGAAACAUUUACGAAUGAAACCAGGUGUCGUGAGCUUACAAUGGAAAAUUGAUGUUUCUUUAAGUCAAUCAACAAUUGAAACGGAGAAUCCUUCGCCACAACGCAGGAAAGAGAUAAUGCACACUUUGAAACAUGUCAUAGUGACAUUUGUCUUGACAGACGGUCACACACGGACGUAUCGGCUCUCCAUCAGUCAAUUCCACGAGCUGAGAUAUGUCAUAGCAAGCGCCUUAAAGAAUAUGAUAGUUUUAGAACGCAGAAAAUGCAUGAAAAAAGAUUGACAUAUGUUUUCUUCUUUUUUUAGGGAGGGAUGAACGCGUGAAGGAUUUUUUUUUUUUCGUUUACUAAGAGCUAGUGUGUAAAGUGUAUAAGUAAAUCGUUUCUACCUACUCAUAAAGACUAACUAAAAUAUUUUAUUGGGUGCCCAAGGCGAAUGUAAUCUUUUUUUUUUAUUGCAUAUAUGGGUGGACUAGCUCACAGCCUACUUGGUGUUAAGUGAUUACCGGAGCCCAUAGACAUCUAGAACGUAAUAUAGAUUAGUUAUAGAAUAUAAUCUUCAAUAAAAUAUCUCUUUCUGUAUAAAAACUGAACUUAAUUUAUCCAUAAUAUUGUUGAAUAUUCCAUAAAGAUUGUUGAAUAAAAACUCUAAAAUUUUUCUUAUAAUUUGCGUAAUUAUGGGUUGUAGGACGUCUUGUGAGUCCGCACGGGUAGGUACCACCGCCCUGCCUAUUUCUGCCGUGAAGCAGUAAUACGUUUCGGUUUGAAAGAUGGGGCAGCCGUUGUAACAUACAAUAUCGAUUUAGAACUCAUAUCUCUUUACGCAUAUUUGAUUGACUUCGAAAAAUCUCUUAACUUAUCUCU